GUCCGGCCCCGGCCCCCAUUCUCACUCCCCUCACUAACCGAGCGUCAACGGGCAUCUUCCUUUUCUUUUCCCCACCUUCAGUGCUGGUCUAAUGUUGUCCAGUGAUAAAGCAAGCAACUCAAAGUAGUCUCAGAAACCUGAAAUUAAAGUAAGUGAAGAAUAAUCAAGAAAAGAUGACUCAACUGAUCUCAGAAGGAUCAUUGGACCCAGAUACACUCGAGGAAGCUACAAACUUUCUAUUUUCAGAGAAUGAUGAUUUACAAGUUGAUGAAAACCUGGUCGCUAAACUUGAAGUAUUAUCACUUAACAGAAAGAAGUUGACCUCGAUUCCAUCAAAGCUUUAUCUUUUUACAAAUCUGAAAAUAUUAGACAUUAGUUACAAUAGCAUCACAUUCAUUCUGGGUGAAAUUGCUGUACUCAACCAAAUAAUAGACCUUAAUAUUGAUGGAAAUAAUAUUUCAAAGUUACCUGUUGAAAUUGGACACCUCACUAAGUUGGAAACGUUAAGUUUGGAAGGAAACCGACUAACCACUUUACCAGAAACCACGGCCAGGCUGAAGAAGUUGCGUGUUCUAAGACUAAGCAAUAAUAGGAUAUUUGUUUUCCCAAGAUUCAUAUGCCUACUUCCAGAGUUAAGGGAACUUUAUCUUUCAAGGAACUCACUUCAAAGCCUACCCAAGGAGAUUUCUGAGUUGAAAAACUUAAAAAUUCUAUCACUGAAUGAUAACAAGUUAACAUUUUUGCCAUUGCAGUGUUUUGAUUUGUUUGCUCUGAAGGAACUAAUGUUGAAUGGAAAUCAGUUGACUGCUCUUUCAGAAAAAAUAGAGAAACUGCAGGAACUACAGGUUCUGCAAUUAAAGCAUAAUCAAUUAAAUGAACUCCCAAAUGAAAUUUCCAGUUGUGCAAAAAUUAAACAACUUUUACUUGAUGGCAAUAAAAUUACUCACUUGCCUCCAAAGAUAGGCAAUUUGUAUCAUUUGACAGAUUUCUCUAUAAAAGACUUACCUGAUGAGUUAUGCAAUUUGACAAAUUUGAAAGAACUUGACAUAUCAAACAAUGCACUGAAAGCUAUUCCAACCAAGAUUGGAGACAUGAAGAACCUGGAAAAGCUUGUGGCUGCAUAUAAUAAUAUAACCCAUCUCCCCAAAUCCCUGACAGAACUUGGCAAACUCAAAUGCAUCAACGUUCGAGGAAAUAAAUUAACAUCACUUCCAAGUGAUUUUGGACAGCUACAGUCUCUGCAAGAGAUAGAUCUGCAGGAAAAUCCACUAGUAAGACCUCCAAAGCUGGUUUGUGAAGGGGGAAAAUGCAUUGAAAUAGAGCAGUAUUUGAAAUAUUCAUAUGCCAGUGACAAAAACUUUCUGGAGAAAACUUUAGAAUUAAUACCCAAAAACAUCCCUGCUGAAGAUUUUGAACAUUUGUGCAAAAAGCUUCAUCUACCUUCUGGUGAUAUUACUUCACUUAGAAAAUCAAGGCAGAUAUGCCGCAUGCCACCAUAUCUGGGCCGGCUUCGCUUACUGCCACUCCUCCCUUCACCGGGGAACAUUGUCAUCACGUUGCCCGGACGAUGCGGGCAGGAGCCCCGCGGUGUAUUUGUGGAAGUUACGGGAUCCCUGACAUGCGCAGUGCGGGCGGCGCCGGUGGGUGGGCGCUGCUAA